CCGCCGGUCCUCUGCUGCGAGCUAAGGUUUGGAGAGUCGGUGGGGGGACCGCGAGUGGAGCGCGGGAGCCCGGGCGGCGAGCGGGUGUGACCUGCCCGAAAAUGCACUCGGAUGCUGCAGCUGUCAACUUUCAGCUGAACUCUCAUCUCUCAACACUGGCAAACAUUCAUAAGAUCUACCAUACCCUUAACAAGCUAAAUCUGACAGAAGACGUUGGCCAAGACGAUCACCAAACAGGAAGCCUGCGGUCCUGCAGUUCCUCAGACUGCUUUAGUAAAGUGAUGCCACCAAGGAAAAAGAGAAGACCUGCCUCUGGAGAUGACCUAUCUGCCAAGAAAAGCAGGCAUGACAGCAUGUAUAGGAAAUAUGAGCCCACGAGAAUAAAGACUGACGAAGAAGCCUUCUCUAGUAAGCGGUGUCUGGAGUGGUUUUAUGAGUAUGCAGGAACUGAUGAUGUGGUGGGUCCCGAAGGCAUGGAGAAAUUCUGUGAAGACAUCGGUGUUGAACCAGAAAAUGUGGUCAUGCUUGUUCUCGCUUGGAAGUUGGAUGCACAAAACAUGGGCUAUUUUACUCUGCAGGAGUGGCUGAAAGGAAUGACUGCUCUCCAAUGUGACACAACAGAAAAACUCAGAGCUACUUUGGAUUACUUAAGAUCAUUAUUAAACGAUACAACAAACUUUAAGCUCAUUUACAGAUACGCGUUUGACUUUGCACGGGAAAAGGACCAGCGCAGCCUAGACAUAAACACUGCCAAGUGCAUGUUGGGACUGUUACUAGGGAAAAUCUGGCCCCUUUUUCCAGUUUUUCACCAGUUCUUAGAGCAAUCAAAAUAUAAAGUGAUAAACAAAGACCAGUGGUGCAAUGUGCUGGAGUUCAGCAGAACCAUUAGCCUGGACCUCAGCAACUAUGAUGAAGAUGGAGCAUGGCCAGUUUUGUUGGACGAAUUUGUGGAAUGGUAUAAAGACAAACAGAUGUCCUAGGACUGUAUGCAUAGCAGCGAGAGAGUCACUGUUACCACGGUUACGUCACCCAUUAGCCAUAAACUGCUGUUUGUAACGAAGCGCAUGCUGCUUUUCUUGCACAGUCUCCCUCCUGCAGGGUGUUUUGGUGUUUGCUAUUGAAUGGGCCUCUCUGCUUGCUGUGUAGCACUGUUCUCUUGGAGGCUGCUCUGCAGUCCAUUUCACACUACAGAUUGGUGAACUGGCCAACGUCCUCACUGUGAUUAUGUGUACAUUGCUGUUUCAAUUUUGUAUAUGUGUAUAAAAUGAAAAGCUUCACCUAGAGAUUAUUUCUGCAAAAAUGUAUUGUAAAAAUAAUUUUGUGGCAUAUUUCUAGUCCCCCUUUUUCCCCCAAAUGAGCCAAUUAUACUUUAUUUGGUCUCAAAUGUAGCAUUUCAGGAAGUGUUGUAACUGUCCCCGUGAACAGAUAUUGCCAGAAUUAACCUCAUUGCUUCUGGAAGAAGUGGGAGUCAUGACUUACAGUGGCACAUGCCAAAUCUGACUUGGUUUCCAUGACAACUUGGGUAUUUUAAAGUGAUAAAAAGUUAUAACUAUUUGAGCACACAGACAUAUAACAUGCUACAAAGCAUUUCUAACACAAAGCUAUAGGCUUAUGGGUUUCUUAAAUUAUUAUUUUCUUCAUUUUUUAAAUGUUAACACUGUUGGUAGCUUGACCAUAGGUACAAGUGAACAAAUUAAAAUUGCUCCUUUUAAAUUUUAAAUUGAAGCUUAGGUUUCUCUAAACCUUUUGCUGUUUCUCCCUUUGCGUUCCUCUAGCAGUGUUUGGUCUGCUGAAGCUCUCUGUGCCACUGUAAGUAAAACGUCUUUGCCAUCCCCGUGAGCCUACUGGCUUGCUGGCAGUUCAUAGCUGCAAAGCACUUUUAACUGUGUCUUGAGUUUCCAGUUACUCUUUUACAGUGUCUGUAACCUCCCAGGGUUUUGUUUUUGUUUUUGUUUUUGUUCGUUUUUUUUUUUUUUUAAAGACCACAAGUGCGAGAUGUUUUGUUUUCUGUCUUUGUUCUUCUGUGCUAGGCAUUUCCUGGCAGCAUGUCCAUUGCAGGCAGUGGACCCAAAACCACCAGCAUUGAGCUAACCCUGUUCACACUGGGACCUUUCCCAGAGGGGCCACUUGUCAUUCCCUGAGUCAUGUGUUCAGAAGGGUGAUAGCCAUUAUGUGGAUAAGAAAACCAGAGCAAACACAACGGUGUUUCUGGGUUUGUAUUUUAUGUCUUUCUUUUGUUUGCCUUGCCCCUCUUGAGGAAGUGUGUAGUUAACAGGCUUUCCCCCAAUCAUUUGGUGCUAUGACUCACUCAGUCCCCGAAGUUUGUGAAAACCCAUCUGAAGACUUAGCCCAGUAAAGAGCUAAUGGCUUGUUUGCUGGGUGAAUGGUGUAGCGGGGUAAGAUCUGUGCCUGCCCAGGUGAGCGAUGACCAGAGAUGUUGGGCCAAAAAAGAAGUUGUCUCCAUUAAAUGUGAACCUUAAAUGGCAUUAAAUGAGCGAAGCACACAGACAAUGCUACCCUCGAUCACUGUUUCAGUUCCUUCCCAAAGUGUUGCGAUUUUCAUCUUAUUUCGUCCCCCGAUUGAACCACCAAAGACAGAGAUGUUGUAUGUAUAUAUCGUGUGCGUGCAUAUACACAAUUGGGAUGUGGUAGAAUGCAACUACUUGCCUUUUUCUACCAAAUAAUGAGAUUUAGUUUGCUGUGAAAUAAACCAGAAGUUUUUUUAAAAAAAAAACAAAACAAUAGCUCAAUAUUGCUUUAGCUUCCUCCAUCAUCCCUUGUCUGUAGUCUCACAAAUUAGUAUCUGAACACAAUGUAAGCUUCCUGGGAAACCACAGCUGUUGGGACUGCUAUGUGACGGGGUCCCAGUGCACGCAGGUACGUGACAGUGGGGGCUGGCGCAAGGCAGGCGCUGCCCCGUGGAGGGUGAUUCCUCUUCAGGUGCACCCGAGGUGAAAGAAUCACUCUUGAGCUGGAUCAGCUGUCGAUUGCCUCAGUGCAAAGACGGAUCGUAGAUGGAAUUGUUUUAAAUGUUGUGUGAGAAUCUGGAGAAUGUUUUAAACACUAAGCACAGCGAUUCUGGGAAUAAAGGGUUGUUACCAGGGUGAAACAUUGUAUUUCAUCCACAGUGAACAUUUUGAUGAUAGAGACUCAAGUAACAACCCUCAGGAUAUAUGGUAUGGAAGCCCGCAUUCCGGAGGGGAUAAUCAAUAUUUGGAACUCCAAAUACUCUCUAAACUGCCGCGAGAACUGAACCUCUGUGACUGCUGCUUGCCCUUGGUUUUCUCGAUUUUGCGGAGCUGUUUUUAAGGGAGGCAGACCAAGUCAUAAGACACCUUUUCUUGAAGAAUUGCCAAGUCAUGCAAGUUGAAGGAUCACCAAGAGCACUUAGGGCCGGCGUUGGAAGAAGUCAGGGGCCUUGGGGUCGCCAGUCCCUGAGCUCCACCCGCCUUUCCUCUCUUGACUUGUGUUCCAGUGCCCUGCAGUGCCCUCUGCUAGGGAAUACGGCUUGUAGAUGUUUACACAGCACUAGAUAGAAGUCAGCUGGCUAGAUUUCCCAGGUACCCUGAUAGCCUUAGGCGCGCCCCUUUUGAAGUAUGAACUCUGAGUUCAGUAUUUGUAAGUCUAACUAGACAAACGUCUAGUUCUGGUUUAACAAGUUUCUGUUGCCUCUGAGUCUCCACCUAACCAUACUUUUGAAGUCUAUACAGAAAGCUUUAAGAGUUUAGUUUGUGCCCUUGGUUUUUAUUUUUUACAACUGCUAAAAUACCUCUGUAAGCCUUAUCGUUUAUCCUUUCCUAUGUUGUAUAAAAUUGUAUAGAAUUCAUUGACCAACUGGUAACGUUGGGUAUCUGUAAAUGAGACCAAAAUAUGGGUUGCUUUUUUUUUCAUCAGAUGAUUUCUCUUGGGCGUUGCUGUGAAAUGAGCAGUAGCCAGCCUAGAACUGUGAAUGCCUUGUGUCGUCAGUAUUUGCGUUACCUUCAUGAAAGUGCAAGUCCUGUGACUCCAGCUUAACCAAUACACUGUUAUGCCACCCAACGAGCACAGCAAACUGGUUUAGGUUCUAAUGGAAUUGAUGUAAAAUGAUAUCCAUAAAUAAACAGAUAUUUGUGUUUGGUUUCAGAACUGA